UUUACAGACAUUACGGUUUUUGUUGCCGGGGAGUGACUCUCAACCAUAGACACAAUGGAGCUGCAGUGACAGUGUAAUUAGCGUGCGCCUGUUGUUGUAACUGCUACAGCAGCGUUGCUUAGUGUCAAUGUUGAAGUUUUGUUGUCUUCGGACUGGUAGCAGCUAGCUGUUGUUUUUGCGCUAACCGUUCAGCUUGGUGAGUGAGAUAGCCCACAGCCCCGUUAGCCAGCCAGCCAGCUAGCUAGCUAAGCACCUGCUGGAACUCUGCUACUGGGGUUCGCUGCUAGAUCUUAGCAUAUAGCUGUCGAGCUAAUCAGGCUGAGUGCUAUUAUGGAGUUUCCUUUUGAUAUUAACCAGUUAUUCACCGAGAGGGUCUCGAUCUUGGACCAGACUCUUGUUGCAGGUCGUAAAUCAGCAGGAAGGCCAGAUCUUCAAGCCCAUAUAGCCACAGUUAUUGAUGAACUUGGGAGAGCCUCAGCAAAGGCCCAACAGCUCACAGCACCUAUAACCAGUGCUUCCAAGCUGCAGUCCCAGAAGCAUCAGCUCUACCUGCUGAAGGAUGGAGAGAGAAACGGAGGACGUGGUGUUGUUGUGGGAUUUCUCAAGGUCGGCUACAAGAAGUUAUUUCUGCUUGACCGACAGGGUGUGCACGUCGAGGCGGAGCCGUUGUGUGUUUUGGAUUUCUACAUAGCAGAGAACUUGCAGCGACAUGGCUACGGAUUGGAGCUGUUUGAUUUCGUGUUGCAGCACAAGAAUUUAGAGCCGGUGCUGAUGGCGUAUGACAGACCCUCUCCCAAACUCCUGUCUUUCCUGGCGAAGCACUACUGCCUGACACAAAGUGUUCCACAGGUCAAUAACUUCGUGGUGUUUGAGGGCUUCUUCCUCAACAGAGAAGCUGCCCAACUGAGAAAGGUUCCCCUAAAAAAGCCGGACGGAGAGAUCAAACCCUACUCUAUAAUGGAGAGAGAAGUGGUACGUCAGGAGCAGAGGGCUCUUCCCUGGCCAUUUGCUCCUCCUCACUCCCCCCAGCGGUCGGUAUCCUCCCAGUGCUCGCACUCCCUCAGUGUGGGAUCCUCCCCCAGCAGGGUGCCCCUUCGAGCCGCCCCAACGUCUGCCCUUGGGGCCAACAGGGACCAGAGCCCACAGUCCCCUCUCGUAGAGCGCUGCAGGGCAAAACGCAGCAGCCAACAGGGUCUAGUUGCCAGAUGCAGCCUGUACAGUCGGCACCUGGACAGCAGAGCUGUUGGACUGCUGGACUCACACCUGCUAGAGUCAGCUGAUGUUGUUUGGAGUGGCUGACCUGGGGUAAAUCCGUCUUCUCGUGCCCGUGUAUUUCCUUGUGUCCUGUUCUUACACUUCCCUCCCACCCAUGUCAGUGCUGACGGAUUAUUUCUAACAUCGACCUGUACAAAGAACCUGUGUAGGUCAGAAUGAGUGUUGACCCCGGCACGUCUAUUUAAAACUAAUAUCCUGAAUGAAUGCUGAUAAAGCAUGACCCAGUGCUGAAGUGGUUGCAGCAUAUUAAACAGCUGUCAUGUGGUAAUAUACUUAUGUAAAUAAACUCCGUUAAACUCCUGUUCCUGCAUGUGGAUCCCACAGUAUCCCUGAUCCAACUCUGACAGCUAAACACGGAUCUGUUCAAUACAUAUUGUAUAUAGAUUUAUAUUUUCAUGGCAUCGCAAAAUAUUGAAGAUAGCAUCAAAUACACUCAGUGAGCACUUUAUUAGGAACAGCACACUAACGCUGGGUAGGUCCUCAGUUCUUCAUGCCAUAGAUCCUCCAGAUGUUGAAACUUUCCUCUGAGACUCUGCACCAUGUUGACAUGAUGCAUCACAUCAUUGCUGCUGAUCUGUCAGCUGUACAUUAGUGCUGCCAAUCUCUUGUUCUACUGCUAAGGUUCACUGAACUCACUGUCAUGUUGAUGAAAGCAGUUUGUGACAUGGAGCAUGAUCCUACUGGAAGGAGCCAUUAGAAGAUGGUGAACUGUGGUCAUGAAGGAUGAACAUGUUCAGCAACAAUACUCAGAUAGACUGAGACAUUCAGACCAUGAUUUAUUGGUAUUAAGAAGAAAACAUUCCCCACACCAUCACACCACCACCACCAGCCUGGACUGUUGACACCAGGCAGGUUGGUCCAUGGAUUCAGACUCUGACUCUACCAUCUGCUGCCUCAGCACAAAUCCAGAUCCAUCAGACCAGGUCUUCAACUGUCCAGUGUUGGUGAGUCUGUGUCCACUGCAGCCUCGGGUUUCUGGUCUGGGUGACAGGAAGUGGAACCUGACGUGGUCUCUGCUGUUGAAGGUUGGACGUGCUUUUCACUCUGAAGCUUUUCUGCUCAGCACAGUUGUAAAAGAGUGGUUAUCUGAGUGACUGUAGUCUUUCUGUCAGCUCCAACCAGUCUGUCCGUUCUCCUCUGACCUCUGACCUCUCUCAUCGACACAGAGAUGCUGCUCACUGGAUGCUUUUUUUGUUGCUCCACUCUGAGUAAAAACUCUAGAGACUGAGUGUGAAAAUCCAGGAGAUCAGCAGUUUGAGAAACACUCAGACCAACAAUCAUGUCACAGUCAAAGUCACUGAGAUCAUGUUUCUCCUCAUUAACUGCAGCUCCUCACCUGGAUCUGCAGGAGGUUAUACAAUAAACUGCUGCCAUGUGACUGGAUAAUUAGGUGAUUGUCAAAUAAACAGGUGAUCAGGUGUUCCUAAUAAAGUGCUUGGUGAGUGUGUUUGUGUUUAUAGUCAAACAACUGUUUGCUCAGUCAGCUUAACAAGUCCAGUAUUAGCCUCAUUAUCUCAAAAAGUUUCCUUGAUGACAGUGUGUGUAAAGUAUAAAUUACAAGACAUUCAUUUUUGGGUGAACUAUCUCUUUAAUGAGUUGUCAUAAUCAGAUAUUGCUUAAUACUAACCUGUGUUUUUUGAGUGGAAAUUUAAAGAUGCUGAACGUUGCCAUUAAACCUUCCCUGGGUGAAUUGCACAUUACUAGAGUCAGGUGCAGUACAGCCAGGCAGCUCUGCUCUCCUUCCUCAUGUGUUAGUACCUUGUGCCUCCUCAGGUAUGAGACCAGUGGUGGAUCAGUCAUACGCACUGGGAUACACAGACACACACAGGUUGGCCAGUAUUCACACACCACUAAGCAGGUAUUUACACUACUGCACUAGACGUUUAACUGUUCAUUGUCAGGGAGGUUAACAAG